UCCCUUCCUACGCACAACCAACACCCCAAACAUAAACCCUAACUUUCUCUCUCCUCUCUCUCUCUCUCUCCCUCUACGCGUUUUCCUGGAAAAUCCAUUAUUUUCCGGGAAUUUGAUUCGAAUUUCGAUCACGUUGUAAAACGCAGAUCGCACUGGUCUUCGUACUGUGAUAUAAUUCGCGCGCUCACUCCAUGUAUGGAAGACAAAGACGGAGCAGCAUCUUCCGAUCCUGCAACCACCGCUGAGUUCGCCGGCGAGUCGAGCUGGACACUCGGCGCCGAUGACUCGGACGGUGCCUAUCUCUUCUCCGGCGACAGGGAGAGAAGCAUACUCGGCGACUUCGGCUGGAACAUCGAGCCGGACCAACCGAACCGGAUCGGCGCCGACGACCGAUUGUGGCUACCGGCUCACUCUGCUCUGACCGGUUCGAUCGAACCGGCUGAGAUUGCUUCGGCUGCGGCAUCGUCCAGGUCGAAUAACCAAUCGAUGUCUUCCAGCUCCAGCGAGGAUCCGCCGGAGAAACCCACCGUCUCCGACGAGAAACCGCCUGAGAUUCCGAGUAAAAGUAAGAAGAAGGGGCAGAAGCGAAUACGGCAGCCACGGUUUGCAUUUAUGACAAAGAGCGAAGUUGAUCAUCUUGAGGAUGGCUACAGAUGGCGGAAGUAUGGUCAGAAGGCAGUUAAAAAUAGUCCGUUCCCUAGGAGCUACUAUCGUUGCACAAACAGCAAAUGCACGGUGAAAAAAAGGGUUGAACGCUCCUCAGAGGACCCAACUAUUGUGAUUACUACAUAUGAAGGCCAACACUGUCACCAUACCGUUGGAUUCCCUCGAGGGGGUAUCAUUAGUCAUGAAGCUGCCUUUGCGGGACAGUUGGCUCCUACAAUGUCUCAGUUCUAUUAUCCAAUUCAAUUACCCAGAUCAGACAAUACUUUUACCAGUAUUUCUCAGCCUUGCCAAGCACAUGAUGAAGCUGGAGGAUCCAACACUACAACAAUGCCAUCUGAUACAUCUCCACAGCCUCCCACGGAUGAGGGACUACUUGGAGAUAUUGUUCCACCGGGAAUGCGCAACAGCUGAUAGAAAUAUAUGAUGAUGAUGAUCGAGUUGGAGUUGAGAAGAUGCGUGGACAUGCAUGCUUUCUUAUUAUCUACAUUCUCUGAACAAGUAGGCCAUAAGAGGCAGCAAUUUUUCCUUUCUUUAAGCAGCAAGUCCUUUUUACUUAUAAUUUGUCUCGAGAAGCGAAUCUAGUAGUCAUGCAUGGGUACUAUAUCUACCAUGGCAGCAGGUUGUAAGAGGUUGCAAACGAAAAAGUUUGUAAAUAUAACAUGUUCCUAUAUAUAUAUAUAUAUAUAUAUAUUCCGAUAUUAUUCAUUUAGUGAAAGUGAUAAUGUAUGUAUACAAUUUAUAUUUAUUAUAUAUGAGUGAUAACCACCGCAUA